AACCAAGAUGAACCAAAAGAUGACUUUAAGAUGUUUUAAUGUUUUAACAAGUGCUCCAAAUGUUCUUCUUGCCCCCGCUGUGUUGUAGGCUACAGCCUUCCUUCUCACUUUUCUUUUGCAGGAAUUCGGAUUUUACUCCCUUAUUUAUUGUUCCCAAUAUAGUUCGCCUCGUCCUUCCCUUCAGCAACCAAAAAACGUGAGAAUAUCGGUAAUAUCAUUAAUCAUUUGCUGAUUUUUUCAAUAUUUUUCAACAUUUUCUGAUUUUCACUUUUUCACAAAAUUUUACAAUUUCCCGCCACUAGUUACCAGUCUCAAAUUCCUCAAAUGCCAUUAGCCGUUCAACUGAUCUCAUAGAUUAUUGGAAUCUGAACUGCUGUCCGCAAAAUGGCGGUCAAUUUAGGAGCGAGAUCACGAAUAUGGCAAUUUAUCCAUAAUUCUAAUGUUUCAAAACGGAUUUUUAACGCUGUGGACAGAAAUAUAAAUCCCUGCGAAAAAUGCUGUCGAAGCUUUGUAAGUUUUGUGCGAAACGUACAAUAUAUGCGACUAUGCGUGCAGUAACAUUUUUGACAGGGGGGGCUACCCCUAUAAAUAGACUAAGGCGUGUAUUCAUAUACAAUAUGUUUAUGGAUAUGGGUAUUCAUAGAAAAACAGCUUAAUUAUUCCAGUUACGUCCUGACCUCACAAGGUAGUUCAAUUUAGCCAACACCAGUUCAAUGCCAAUUCAAAUUUCCCCAGAAAACAUGCCCCCAGUUCCCCCUAGAUUUCUGCUCUCCCCCUAACUUUGAAAGAUAAGAAUAAAUAACUACAGAGAAUGGACUGUUUAGGGUAGAGAGAAUUAAAGUGACAACACCCCCAGUAUAAAUAACGAAUGGUCCCUGAAAAGGAUUUAUCAAUGAAAAUAUUUCAUUAUUGCCAAAGGGAACAUAUUCAAAAAGUUUUCAACGCCAAAGGCGAGUCCAAGACCAGUCAAAUGGUAAGUAUAAGUUAAAUUAAUCACACUUAAAGAUGCGGUACAGUCCGUUUAGCACAUGCCCGUGUCCAUAAGUAACCUAAUUUGUUCUACAGCUGAAUUUAUGGCAGAUGAAAUAAAAAAGUAUGAAAUGGGUAAAAGAUGGCUGGCAAAAAUGAUGGGUGCUGACAUCGAAACUUUCACAGAUAGUGAUGUGGAGGUAACAUGUUUUGAAUAUCAGAUCCUCUUGGUACACUUGCACUCAUCUGACGUGUAUUGAAUUUCCUAAAUCUGCAAAUUUGUAUCAUAUAAUGUUUGAUGUAUAAUCUGUUGUAGGAAUCGUUGAGGUAUCUUUUGCCUACAAAACUUUUUGCCAAUGAUGCUAGACCAAUGAUGAAGGUAGAUCAACAAGACUUAACCAUUUAGCUGCAGAACUUCCCCAUUGACAAGUAAAAUUGUCUGGCAUUAGACAAGUAAGAAAAGAUAAGUAGGGCACAGUGGGGUGCAUUGCAGCUCAAUGGGUUAGUUUACUAGCAAAUCUAAUAUGUGUAUACUUGCAAUGAAUUGUCAGAGAUAAUAUUUCACACAUACAUAUAAAUCAGUUUUAUAUAUUUAAUUUGUUAUGAAUCUUCCAACUUGCAGCAUCCAUCAGAACUUUUUCCAGAAAGUAAAAGUAAGUUCUACAUAUUCAAUGUAAAUUUUGUGGAUUGAGUUGUGGGAUUGAAUGGAAUCAUUUUAUCACAUAUAUUGGAAGACAUUUGAUUUUAUUGAAAAUUUUGAUAUGUAUAUAGUUUAUAAAUUUGUAUUGCAGGUAUGUUGUCUUCAGAUGGCCGACCAGUUCACUCUGCAUUCUAUACUGGAGCUACUGCCUUUCAUGAUUUAAUUUAUGUAAGUCAAAUUCUAGACUGUAGUGUAUAUAGCAAAAUUCAUCCCAUUAUUUUCCCAUUUCUCUUUUCAAUUCUAGGAUAUAUUUCGAUACAGCAGACCAACUGGACAGGUGGAGCAAUCCGAGUCCAUUGAAACAGAGUCAGAUGAAGGGAAUGCUGACAUUGAGUCAGAGUAAAUGAUUUUUUAAAUAAAAUCUGCUUAGAAAUCACAUAGGGUUGCAUUUUUCAAGUUAUAGUGGUAUAUCCUUCACAUCACAGGUUAGAGAUCACAUUCAUAGGAUGCAUGCUAUUAUAUUUGUUUUCUUUUCAGAGAGACAGUAAUUGCAGAGAUUGUUAAACAAGGAAAAAUGAGAUGGCUUCAUCAAAAUGAACUCCAAGCACUUUUAAAGGAAGAAUUGAUGUUAAAAGAUGUGAGCACGACAUUUUCUUGUACUCUUUGGCAGUUUCAUAUUUCUCUGAAUUUGGAAUUAUCUCUAACUUUUUACUCCGUAACUUGCUUCCGUACAGUACGAAGUCGUCAUCCAUCGUCUCAAAAGGUUAGCAAGUGAAAAGAAGCACGAGAACUCGGACGAUAUCAAAAUGUUUUUGGAAAGAUUUCAGACUCCAGUGAAACACGAAGGGUCACAAUUCACCAUUGGACAGGUUCAAGAUACAGAUUCUUCACUAAUUUUCGCUGAACAAUCAUUUCAACUUAUCAACUGAUGCUGUAUAUACUGAAUGUUAAGUUUGUGUUGUUUUUUAGCUUGACGAAAAUGGGAAAGCGCAUGGGAAAGGUAUGUUCAGUCAUGUUUUGCUAGCCAGUUUUAAGUAAAUAAAUAUAAUCCCCACACAAAUCACGUUAACGAUAUGGAACGAUUCAACACUCCAGUCUAUAUAGUAUAGAGUCGUAGGCCUAUUUUUCCUGGUGUACAAUAGGUUUGAAAUGAACGCUAUACUCGAUAUAUAUUCUAGAAGAUAUAUUAUGAAUUUAGGUUACAGAAAGCGAGCCAUGGCUGAAGUCUGGAUUUCCAACGGAAAUGGACAAAUUGCCAUCAAUGAUAUUCCUAUCGUUGAAUACUUUCGGAAACAAGAAGACAGGUACCAAACUUGCGACAAGCCUAUGUUUAUGACAUAUUUAUCUUUUAAACGCAUUUAGAGUAUUUGUCUUAGAAAACCAACCGUUUCCUUUUGGUUUUCAAGAAAUCAAGUGUGGUAUCCAUUGAUAACGCUGAACUGUAUGGGACGGUUUGAUGUGGAAUGUAAUGUUAUCGGUGGAGGUUCAACAGGUAUACGAGUUUCAAAAUCCAGUCUAAACUGAACUCGCUCUUUUUGCUGUCAUCCUGAUAUCUCAUCUAGCGAGUCAAGCCUCGAUUUAAAGGGGGGCCCUCGUUAAGUUAUUAAGCUGUGGAAUCGUCUGGCGUUAGACAAGCAAAAAAAGUAGGGCGCAUUGCGGCUCAAUGUCAUAUUUAAUUAUUCAAAUCUUCCACCUCACAGUCUAUCCAUGAUAUUCCUUUUCUAUCUUCCUUUUUUUUUCAAAUAGCCAUGAUCAAGUGAUAUCUUCUAACAUACCCCUCAUCUUCUUACAUACCCCUCAUCUUUUAACAUACCCCUCGUCUUCUAACAUACCCAGACCGUGAAUCCUUCUUUAGUCUUUCUCUUCUAGGUGAUGGUCUCUCUUCUGUCUGCAUUUCUCCGCGUUUGCAUCGUGUGACUCAAACCAUUCAAAUAAAAAGUCAUUUCUUGGAUUCUGAUUUUCCAUAGUGUACAGCGGCAUAGAGCGAUGUCUUAUAUAACGACACUUAUAGUUUUCAGCUUGUCCGGUUUGGACACACUCAUGCAGAGACAACAUCACAAACAUAUAUCUUCACCUAAGUGUGUAACACCAAAAACACAAAAAAAAAUCUGUGAUGCACGUUCUUUAUAUCCAGGUCAAGCUGGAGCGAUCAGGUUGGCAAUCAGUCGAGCUCUAACAAGUCUUUCCUCUGACUAUCUCGCACAAUUACAGACAGGUAAACGACAUUUUAUAACUUUUUUGUUUGUCUUAACUUUUGAGAACACGAUUACAAGGUUGCUCUAACAAGUGUGAUACAGUCACGAUAUAAUAAGAAUGUUACAAGGUUGACGACACAAGGUUGUAACAAGAUUGUUUUAUCAUGACUGUAUCGCACUCGCUGGAACAACCUUGCAACAGGUCUGUUAAUAUCAAGGUUUUACAACUGUUUACAAGUUAUUUCAUACUUGUUGACAACUUGGCACAAGCAGUGCGAACACAACUUGUUGACGGUUUGUUGGCAAACUUGUUACAAGAUUUUUGCGUGUGUAUUAAUAUUGAUAUUUAUUUUUUCCUCUAUGGGAAAUGUCACACGGGAGUACUCACACUAUAGCGAGGUCCCUGUACCCAAAGAAAAAGAAAAGAUUACCUUUAUAAUUGUGGGAAUAGACAAUUCCCAUUAUAGACUAAUUUUAAAAUUAGGCAAGGAAACUCAAAUAAAUCAUCACAGCUAGAAAGAGCAUACUAAAAUUAGUAAAAUAACAAAGUUUGGUUGCGAAAUGUUGUAAAAUGAGGAAAAUGUAGCCUUGCGAAGUUCGCAAAUUUUGUAUACUUUUGUAUUGCGUGCGGAAAUUCCUACCACAUUCCUACCACAUUUAGGCCGAAAAUGUCGCACGCAAUACAAAAGUAUACAAAAUUUGAAAACUUUGCAAGGCUAUAUUUCCCACAUUUUACAACAUUUCGCAACCAAAUUUUGUCAUUUUACUAAUUUUCGUAUGCUCUUUCUAGCUGUGGUGAUUUAUUUGCAUCUCCUUGCCUAGUUUUAAAAUUAGUCUAUAAUGGGAAUUGUCUAUUUUUUGUAGCUGGAUUAUUAACUCGAGACAGUCGUCUGGUGGAACGCAAAAAGCCUGGGCAGAAAAAAGCAAGAAAGAAAUUUGCAUGGUUUGUUUCUCAUUUCAUUUUUAUACUGUGAGGAGUUUUGGCCAGAAACGACCAUUGUAAGGGGCCACGUCCAUAUUCAUGUUGCCACGCAUAACGUCGAAUCGACGUUAUCACCGGUACCCACCCACCCACCUCAGAUAACGUCGAUCGUUACCCUGCCGUAUUUUGACCGCUUAUUCUCAUAAAAUAUGGUAUAUAAUCAAUCAAUUUAUUUCAGAAAUGCAUUAAAAUGCCGAGGCUUCAAUUCAAAGUUAUUGACUAUUGUGCUUGCCUUCAUAAAAUUAGAAGUUUUACCGCAGAAAAAUGUCGCGAUUCGCGAACACAAAUUCACGCGCAUUUGACACGAUAAAUGUCACUUCAAUACUUCCAUCUUUGUUUUGAACUCUAUUAGUUCAAAAUAAUAUAAUACUGGCAAAACGUCGGUCUGUUCGGAUGUAAAUAGUCAAAUUGCCACGAGAUAAGUCAGAUAACGUCGAGAAGUUGAUGUAAAAACCCACCCACCCACCCAUAACGUCGAUUCGACGUUAUGCGUGGCAACAUGAAUAUGGACGUGGCCCCUAAUAAAGGGGUGAUAUAUCCGUUUUUAUUUUAGGGUGAAACGAUAAUCUUGUAUGAAUGGAAGCUAAUGAAGGAGUUCAUGAACUCAUCCCUAUUUUGACAUCAAGAGACGAUGGGAAAAGUUGGUCUAUGAACUAUAAAGCAGCGCUUCUAACGCGCUAUAUUUUACAUAAAAGACGAUCUAGUAAAGACAGUACUGGCACAGUACUCGGUGUUCUAUACCAUUUUACCGAUACAUGGAUGUACUUUGUCAGGGAAAAUAAAUUCCUAUAAUCACUGAAUAGAUUGCCAUCCGUGAUUUUUGCAUGCGAUAUCAAUAUCUUACCACACAUAUAAUAUUUAUGCAAGUCAAAAUAUCAUUGCGUGCAGUAUCAAAAGAGAACCUGUUGUUUAAUUAAGACGUGUUCUCGUUUUACAAAUUAACUAACUUGUAGAAUUAGCUAAAAUGGAAUGGGUCAAGGAUGAGACCUCGGGAAAAUAUGGAAACGUUAUCGUCACAGACGUCAGUAUUGUUUAUUAUAGAUACUGCGCUUUGUUGUCUGAUGAAUGUUUUGAUUUUGGGUUCUCAUUGCCCCCAAAAUGAAAACAUUAUUUUGUUUACUUGUUAAUGUGGUUAUUCAAUAAUGUAAUCGUAGAUCCAAACAAGGUCAACUACGGAUGUAUAUUACGUUCAAAAUAGGAACCGAUUUAUCAGACACUUACUGAAUUUACUGGCAAUGAAAAGUACUUAUUUUUAAAUGCUAGCUGUUCUCAGUACAUGCAUUUGCAACCAAACGAAACGUUUUGCGACCUAUGGAAGUUGUCAAUAACACCUGCU